UCCAGGCAAUCUCAUGGUGUACAAUUCACAGCGAACGGGUCAAUGGACUUCUUAUGGGUCUGCGUCCUGAUCUAUCUCCUUCCAGUCGUUAGCCCUCUGGACGUUUACCACCAGACGCCGUCAUCUCAGGUUCUUUCAGUUGGAAGUACCUUUAAGGUGGAUUGCCACACGGGCUGGUUACCAGGUGGGAAAGUUAAUUGGUACAAACGGCAGCACCAGGAACAUUUACAGUUCGUUUACUCUGUGAUGGAGUACACACCCCCCGCUGGAAGGUUAUCGGGACAAGUCAACGCUGAAAGUACUAUUUACUCCCUGAUUGUUAAUGAUGUGCAGAGAAAUGAUUCGGGGUGGUAUUACUGUUCAGCCAAAUCAUCUACCGAAGAGCCGUUCGUGUUCGGUAACGGUACCAAACUAGUGAUUACAGGGUCUCCGCGCAUUGUUCUCUUAACACCGCCGAUGACUGAAAUUCGUAGGGUGAAAACUGUCCAGUUGAUGUGCUUGGUGCAAAACGUGGACGUCGAUGCCCAUAUCAUACUCUGGAGUGUUUCGGGGCGUAAUAUCGAGGGACGAGUGGAUUCCGGAACAAUAGACCGCGACGGGACACAAAGUUUCAGGAGUCAGAUCGGAAUUCCGGUGGAGACAUGGCGCAGCGGCGCCGUGUGCACUUGCGCCCUUCGAGUCAACGCGACCGAAAACUUCAUUGCUGACAGUGUUUUCCCUAGGAAAGAUCCCCCUUCCCUCAAUAUUUGCCUUUUACUGUAUUAUGCCGGCUUCCCUGUGGCAAUUGUAAUUCUGUUCAUGGUUAUAUUCGCCGUCGGACGCAGCUGCAAGAACCGACAGUCAGGCAGGAAGAGCGGUCGGAUGAACUUUGCAGAAGUGAGAACUCGGGCGGCAGGAAAUGAUACUACCUACGCUACUUUGGCUUUUAAUGAUGACACGAGAGCGAGGGGGCAAAGGGAAGGGAGGAUAUCGCUACCCCGAUAUUCUCUGCAGUAGAAGGUCUGCAUUCGAAUAUGGUUGUCAGUGACAGUUCUAACCCAGCGGUGCUAAUUUCCUGCGGUUUUCCGGGAGCUAUGGCCCAGUAGCUGGCCAUUUUCUACAGAUGAGAUGUAUUUCUUUCCUGGUAUCUGCGCAAUUCAGCGAGUUAAACAAUGCUAAGCGAUUUCUUACGUGCCCAAUUGAGAAACUACCAGCCCUUCUGAAUAUGACAGCAAACAGGAGCAUCAACUCGUGACAUCUUUGAAACAAUUUCCCCUACAAUUCUGCACACCACGUUCCAAGCGGAAUAUUCAAUUCUAUUGUACAGACAUGGGUUGUUAUGGCUUGCUGUUUUAUAUCCUCAUUUAACACUUUUGGUUUAUGGAGUUUUGGUUUUCAUAAACUUAUACGUUCAAUUUCACUUUAUAUCUAUGUAUGGAAA